AUGUCGUACGAGGUAGGGACUAGAUGCUGGUAUCCAGACAAGCAGGAGGGAUGGGUAGGAGCCGAGGUAUCUAAGUUUGCACAUCCUGCGGAAAACAAGUACUGUCUGACUUUGACGUUAGAGAACGGCGAAACCGUGGAUAUCGAGACUGAAUCCCUCCAAGAACAGCAGAGCAACGACAAACUGCCGCUUCUCAGAAACCCGCCGAUCCUGGAGGCGAUCGAAGAUCUGACGUCGCUGUCGUAUUUGAACGAACCUGCCGUGCUACAUGCCAUCAAAGCCAGAUACGGCCAACUUAACAUUUAUACAUAUUCCGGGAUUGUACUGAUCGCUACGAACCCGUUCGACCGUGUAGAACAGCUUUACUCUCAGGACAUGAUUCAGGCCUAUGCCGGCCGUCGCCGCGGUGAGCUGGAGCCCCAUUUAUUUGCGAUAGCGGAAGAGGCAUAUCGAUUGAUGAAAAACGACAAACAGAAUCAAACUAUUGUGGUGAGCGGCGAAUCUGGUGCCGGUAAGACGGUGUCGGCCAAGUACAUCAUGCGAUACUUCGCGUCCGUAGAACAAGCCAUCUCCAAUUCGUCGAGCUCGAAUCACCACCAUCUAGAGAUGUCAGAGACCGAGCGGCAGAUUCUGGCUACAAACCCAAUUAUGGAAGCUUUUGGUAACGCUAAAACUACUAGAAACGACAACUCAUCGAGAUUUGGUAAGUAUCUCGAGAUUUUAUUUGAUUCCCAUACAUCCAUCAUAGGUGCAAGAAUCAGAACCUAUUUACUGGAGCGUUCAAGGCUAGUUUUCCAACCACGAGCAGAAAGAAACUACCAUAUCUUCUACCAAAUCUUAGCGGGCCUUACCGACGACGAAAAGACUAAGCUUAAGUUAACCAAAGUAGAGGACUAUCACUAUUUGAAUCAAGGCGGAGACUACAGAAUCAAAGGCGUAGACGAUGCUGCUGACUACCGCGAGACUAUCGAUGCUCUCAAAAUGGUUGGCUUCUCGGGCGAUACGCAACAUCAACUUUUUAAGAUCUUAGCUGCACUACUGCACAUUGGUAACAUCGAAGUGAAAAAGACAAGAAAUGACGCCUCUCUAAGCUCGGAUGAGCCCAAUCUACAAAUUGCUUGUGACCUCUUAGGAAUUGAUGCUUCCAAUUUUGCGAAAUGGAUAACCAAAAAACAAAUCACAACGCGAUCUGAAAAAAUUGUUUCGAAUUUAUCCUACAACCAAGCCAUUGUGGCCAGAGAUUCUGUGGCCAAAUUUAUAUUUUCUGCCCUCUUUGACUGGCUGGUGGAAAACAUAAACACGGUGCUUUGCAACCCUGAAGUCACUAAUCAAAUCAAAUCGUUCAUUGGUGUUCUGGAUAUUUAUGGGUUCGAACACUUUGAGAAGAAUUCUUUUGAACAAUUUUGCAUUAAUUAUGCAAAUGAAAAAUUGCAGCAAGAAUUCAAUCAGCAUGUUUUCAAGUUAGAACAGGAAGAGUAUGUUGCUGAGCAAAUUGAGUGGUCUUUCAUCGAAUUUAAUGAUAAUCAGCCAUGUAUUGAUUUGAUUGAAAGCAAGCUAGGUAUAUUAUCCUUGCUUGAUGAAGAAUCCAGAUUACCCUCCGGCUCUGAUGAAAGCUGGACCCAGAAACUUUACCAAACGCUGGAUAAACCUCCAACAAAUUCUGUGUUUUCGAAACCAAGGUUUGGUCAAACUAAAUUUGUUGUCUCGCAUUACGCGUUGGACGUUGCAUAUGACGUCGAUGGGUUUAUAGAGAAAAACAGAGACACUGUAUCUGAUGGUCACCUUGAAGUUCUAAAAGCAACCAAGAACGAAACUCUCUUGUCUAUUCUUGAUAUCAUUGACAAAACUGCCGCUGCUUUGGCAGAAAAACAAGAAGCAAACAAAAAACCAGGUCCUGCUAGAAUGGUAAACAGAAAACCCACACUGGGCUCCAUGUUUAAGCAAUCGCUUAUUGAACUAAUGAACACUAUCAAUUCCACGAAUGUUCACUACAUUCGUUGUAUAAAGCCGAAUGAGGAAAAAGAAGCUUGGGGAUUUGAUAACCUUAUGGUUUUAUCUCAACUACGUGCUUGUGGUGUUCUGGAAACCAUUCGAAUUUCAUGCGCUGGGUUUCCGUCUAGGUGGACUUAUAAUGAGUUUGUUUUGAGGUAUCACAUUCUAAUCCCAUCAGAUAACUGGACCAAAAUGUUUACGUCCGAGCCCUCUGAAAAUGAUAUCAGAGACCUAUGCAAGCAGAUUCUAGAUUUGACAGUCAAGGAUAAGGAAAAGUAUCAGCUUGGUAAUACCAAGAUUUUUUUCAAAGCAGGUAUGCUGGCAUAUUUGGAGAAAUUAAGAACCACCAAGAUGCACAAUGCUUGUGUUCUAAUACAAAAACAAAUAAAGGGAUUGUAUUACCGCAGAAAAUAUCUUGACAUUAAGAGUGCGAUCUAUAACGUCCAAGCGCUCGUUGCAGGCCAUUCACGUCGUAGAAGAGUUGAUCACGAAUUUAGAACUUUAGCAGCGAUCACCUUGCAGAGCCUGUUCAGAUCUUUAGCUCAACAGAAAUAUGUGAAGACUACAAUGAUUUCCGUCGUUAAGGUUCAAUCAUUGCUCAGAAGACAAAUUGCACAAAAAGAAGUGUUGCAGAAACAAGAAUUGGAAGCAGCUGUGUCCAUUCAGAAGAAAAUUAGAGGGUUUGAACCACGAAACAACUUCAAUACAACUAAAGGAUCAUCUGUCCGUAUUCAAUCGUUAGUCAGAAGGAAAUUGGCCCAGAGACAACUGAAGCAACUGAAGGCUGAUGCAAAAUCCGUUGAUCACUUGCAAGAGGUCAGUUACAAGUUGGAAAACAAGGUAAUUCAACUCACUCAGAAUUUGGCGGAUAAGGUGAAAGAGAAUAGAGAAAUGAGCUCGCGCAUUACGGAACUGCAAACAUCGCUGAACGAGUCAGCUAAUAUAAAGUCUAUCUUGAACUCACAAAAAGAGGAACACUCUAGAGAUUUGAAAGAGCAGCACGAUUCACAUAAUGCUGACCUUGCCAACAAGUCUCACCAGCUUCAAGAGGCCAAAGCUGAAAUCGUUGCUGCAAGACAAGAAAUUGACGUGCUAUUGUCAAAACAAGAGGAGCUUAAGAACGAAGUACGUUCAAAAAUUGAAGAACUUCAUCAAGCGCAACAAGAAUACACAGACUCACAGACACACAAUUCAGACUUGAAGAAUGAGGUGAAAUCGCUUAAGGAUGAAAUUAGUCGCUUGCAGAGCAGUAUACGCAGUGGCAGUACCAACGGCACUAUGAUUAACACGCCAACUAAGAGUAGAAGGUUUAGUAGCCAUAGCAGUGUUACUGAUGGAACUUCUCCAAGACAGUUGAAUGUUAUUUCCAUGAACAACGGAAUGGAAGAUGAUGCUAGGUCCACUGCAAGCGCACUAUCUCAAAUCAACGAUGAGCUUUACAAAAUUCUUGAAGACACAAAGACCCUGAACACAGAGAUUGUUGAAGGGCUACUGAAAGGCUUUAAAAUACCAGAAACUGGUGUAGCCGCAGAGUUGACAAGGAAAGAAGUCUUGUAUCCUGCCAGAAUAAUGAUCAUAGUUUUAAGUGAUAUGUGGAGGUUGGGAUUGACCAAGCAAAGCGAAAGUUUUCUAGCGGAAGCUAUGUCUACCAUCCAGAAACUUGUUACAAGCUUGAAGGGUGACGAUAUGGUCUGUCAUGGAGCUUUUUGGCUAACAAACGUUCGCGAGCUGUACUCCUUUGUCGUUUUUGCUCAGGAGAGCAUCCUCAAUGAUGAUUCUUACAAUAGCGGAUUGAACGAAGACGAGUACAAAGAAUAUGUUACCUUAGUUACAGAACUCAAGGAUGACUUCGAAUCUUUGAGCUACAACAUUUACAAUAUCUGGUUGAAGAAGCUUCAAAAGGACCUGGAGAAAAAAGCUGUUUCUGCAGUUGUGAUGUCUCAGUCGCUGCCAGGUUUCAUUGCUAACGAAUCAACUCAAUUUUUGGGCAAACUUUUCACGCAAUCCAACUACUACAAGAUGGAUGAUAUUUUAACGUUUUUCAAUAGCAUCUACUGGUCCAUGAAAACUUACCAUGUUGAACAGGAAGUGUUCCGCGAGGUCAUCAUAACACUAUUGAAGUAUGUUGACUCGAUCUGCUUCAAUGACUUGAUCAUGAAAAGGAACUUCUUGUCUUGGAAGAGAGGACUACAGCUUAACUACAACGUGACAAGGUUAGAGGAAUGGUGCAAAUCUCAUCAUAUACCCGAAGGUACCGAUUGUCUUCAGCAUAUGCUGCAAGCUUCUAAGCUGUUACAAUUAAAGAAGGCUAAUUUGGAUGACAUUGAUAUCAUUUGGGAAAUAUGUUCUUCUCUGAAACCUGCCCAGAUUCAAAAAUUGAUCACACAAUACGCAGUGGCAGAUUACGAAGUGCCAAUUCCUCAGGAAAUCUUGACCUUUGUGGCUAAUCGAGUCAAAAGCGAGUCAUCAUUAUCAUCGGAUGGUAAGUCUCAAACACACAGCAGUGACAUUUUUCUCACGGUGGAGAGUGGUCCUUUUGAAGAUCCUUUCAAUUUGAUAGAGACCAGGAAAUUUGGCAAGAUCGAAGCGUAUAUUCCUGCCUGGAUGAAUUUACCUGUCACUAGAAGAGUCGUUGAACUAGUCACCCAGCAUGUGACGGUACAGGAAGUACAAAGGGCGGUUUAG